GUUUCUUUUCUUUUUAAAUAUUUGAAUGAAAAGCUUGCCAUCGAACUAAAUGAAAACAUUCAAUAAAUAAGGGACUUCUUCACCCUUUCAAAAUAAUGCAAGAACUGAAGAUAUGCCACCUAAACGAAAGCGCAAAAGAUAGCAAGUCAAAAUGAGAGACAGGGGAAUACUUUUUCCACAACUGAGAAAAUGACACUACAUUCCUGUUUACAAGUUCAAUUGGUUUUAAAUUUGACCUCCUUAAUCAAUGUAACGCAACAAUAAAGAACUUUAAAUAGAAAUAUAGCUAAGUACAUGUUACAAUAAUAUACGUCAAAACCCGUUCACUGUAAAGAAAUCUUUUGUUUUAUGUAUAUGCGUUCUUACACGGAACAGUAAGUCUGUAUAGAAGCGGUCAAGUUGUAUUCUUUCGUGACACAACCGAAUGGACCAUUUUGUCACCUUGGAGCGAAACAUAAUUAUGUAACUUUAUAUAAAUAAAGGGACUGAUGCAACUGGAAAUAUUUAUGUUAAUUAUAUAUUAUAUUGUGGUAUAUCCACUUACCAUUUUGACAUUAUAAAAUUACUAGCUUCAUUGUUUAAGUGAAUUGUAACGUACGUUACACCUAUUAGAAAUGUCGGUGAAGGAUCAUAACUAAAGUGCAAAGAUAAUUAGGGAACAAAAACAACGGAGUACGGACAGGACUUUAUGGAUAAUAGCAUGUUGGAUCGUAAUUCAUAAACUGACAAUGGGAGAGUUAAUUCGAAGACUAGAUUAUCAAAGGCGAACGAAGAAAUCCCUCAUGGUUGAUACAGGAACUGGGCAGAGAAUUAACAAAGAAUACAGUCCUCAAGUACGUGCGGCCAAUGAAAUGGAAGAUCGAAAGAAAGAUCUUUCGAUAGAAAUCAUGGAAAAACACAAAAAAGUCUUACUUGAUCGAUUUAACUAUGAUAAGAAAGUUGUUGUUCGCUUUAAAUCUGACUUGGAUUCAAAGUCCGUGGACUUCAACGAAUUUAAAUUCCAGCAACUAAGAAUUCAGUCGUCUAAGGGACGACUUGAAGGUAAUCAAGAAGCAAACAUAGGUCCAGUGAACGAAAUCGUACCGAGACACUAUUACAGGAGUGAAUCAAAAAGUGCAGUUAAAUUCGACAUGCCAGAUAAAAACAAAUAUAGUGAAAGUGAUGAGAGAGACAGCGAAACCGACCAAUCCGACGACGACAACGAUUUUAAUGUGAAGGAGAAACAUGAACGGCACAAACAUUUCAUUAGGACACUUCACUCGUGGGCAAAUGUUACCAAAAAGCCCCCUUCCGGAGUCCUAAGACGAAGGAGAAUGUCCGUGGCAAAUUUUGAAAGUCAUCGUUUCAUUCCCGCUCGGGAUGUCAGACGAAAAUCUGCUCCUCCAAAAGUUAUGAGCGCUUUUCAACCUAGAGAUAUUAAAAGCGCCCCCGCCAUUACAAGACGAAGUUCUCGUUCAAGUCUCGGAUCAUCGUCAUCUAACGAGAAUCUUCAAGCGGAUAACGAGAAGGAAACAGGUGGACGUUCGUUUAGAUUGUUACGGGAAGCCUUUAAAAAGAAGCAAAUUGAAGUUCCGAACCCAGAGCAAGACAGGCUGAAUGUCAUACGUGCAGAUCAUAGAAACCGAACGGCAAAUUUGUACGAGCGAACGAUUCAAAAAUUUGAAAAACUAUUUUCAGAUCAGGUUUUCUUAGUGUAUUAAGGUUAGAUACAGACCAAUCAUGGGACCAUAAUGAAAUUUUUCUACUGGCGAAAUGACAGAAGAUUCUUAUAUAGGAUGAUUCACAUUGUUUUUCAUUAUCUUCAUUUGGAUGGGUGGGCAUGUGUGUUUCAUGAAAAAAUGUCCCUAUUUCACUCUUUAGAUAGAGCUCAAAUGAAUCUUUGGGGCAUAGAUUCAGGGGUGUAUGGAGCAGGAUGUAUUUCAUGAGAAAGGCCCCCUCAUCACACUUUAAACAGAACACAUUAUUUUAUAAUGUAAAGAAAGUAUUAUAACUUUUUUCUUUUGCAAUUGGCAUGUGUACAUGCCCUUGUUUAUUGUUUUUGUUAACAUAUAUAGAAUUUUUUGUUUUGUUCUUACUUUCUUAAAUUGUUUUUGAUAUUUCAUUUUAUCAUCAUGUACUCGUAUAACAUGAACAUUAGCAUAACUUUAUACCGACUGUAUCAAAAUUAUCAUUUCCCUUAAUAUUAAAACAAUUUAAGUUGUUUCAGUUGUUUGUAGAAUCAAAUUCAUAUGCAUACAUACCUCAGUCUUUAUGUUAUAAGCAUAUAAAUUGAAUUUGGAGACUUUCUGUGUUGCAUAACCGAGCAGUCCUGUGCAUGCACUUUCUGCACAAGGUAUUAAAGGGAGGGAGUGCAUUAUCACUAUAACAUUAUCUUUUUGUUACAUAUGCAUUUACACUUAUAAACUUCAUAUGAGUCACGCCAUGAAAAAACAACAUAGUGGCUUUGCGACCAGCAUGGAUCCAGACCAUGCAUCAGGAUCCAUGCUGUUCGCUUUCAAAGCCUAUUGCAAUUAGAGAAACCGUUAGCGAACAGCAUGGAUGCUGACCAGACUGCGCGGAUGCGCAGGCUGGUCUGGAUCCAUGCUGGUCGCAAAGUCACUAUGUUGGUUUUGCCAUGGCGCGGCUCAUUUUCAUUUUGUGGCAUUUAGAUUUAAAUAGCAUCACCUAUGAUAUUGAGCACCUGAUAUGAAAUUUUAACUUUAAUAUGGAAAAAUGUCGAAGUUUUAGGUUCCAUAGUAAAGUAACCAAGUUUAUAAUAGUCGUUUCAUUCGUUUUAGUUAUACUUCACUCAAGGUUGGUACAAAGCCAAGUUUAUAUUGUAAAAUCAUCACUUUUUGAGAUAUAUUAUUUGUUAAAUAAAACACAGUUGUUUCAAUCUUUUUUGUUCAAUAGAAAAACAAAUUUGAUCAUGUUUGAAUCAAAUAUACUAUUUGUUACUAGACAUCAAAAAGCCGAGGCCAAGUGGUUAAGGUCCAUGACUUCAAAUAACUUGCCCCUCACCGAUGCGGAUUCGAGCUUCGCUUUGGGCAUAUAUUUCUAUGGCUUACGGAAGGCUGAUGGUUCUACCCAGGUGCCUGCGCGUUAUGCCGCAAUAAUACCCAGAGGGGUACCUGGAGUCUUCCUUCACCAUCAUAAGAUUGAACGUCGCCAUAUGACUUUCAAAUGUGUCAGUGUGACGUUAAACCCAACAAAACAUGUUCAUACAAUAAGGCGAAUGUCUCAAGAUACAAAGCAAGUCAUCAUAUUACCCAAAAUGGGUAAUACUGGGUAAUACUGUGCCAGCCUUGACUUCUCUUGCAUAUAUACCAAGUAAUUUUUUUAAUUUUGAUACAGUGAGUAUAACUUGGAAAGAAGCUGUUUCUGAAUUACAUACAUUCACUUGCUCUACAAAAUAUUUUCUAAAAAAAUCAAUAUAAAUCGUUUUAGCCACUUGUUAGUUACUAAGAUAACUUACUUAAUAUAUUGUUAGGUUGAAGCCGUUUGUUGUUUCAAUGCUAUGUAUUAUAUCAUGUUUGCAUAAAUAUAUUUCUGGUUAAAAUGCACAAUUUAAUGCAAU